UCUCUCUCUCUUCAGUCAGACUCUCGUCCUCGAGGAGCAGAAGAGCACAAACUCCUGAACCCUUCAGAUGAUCAUGAGAGUCCUGAGAGCUUUCCUCCUCAUGAGUGCUGUCGCAGCGUCUGUGAGAGGAGAUGCAAACCUCACAGCAGAGACUCCUCCAGUAAAGACGGUGCUGAAGUCCAGCUUCCAUCUGUAUCACGAGGGCAGUGUGUUUGAGGAGACCUGCGCCGUGGUCCCAUUCCGGUCCGAAACCCUCCACAGAUGCGCCUACAACCGCAGUGACCCGCUGGUGCUGAUUAUACACGGCUGGACGAUGAAUGGACGCAUGGAGCCCUGGAUCUUUGAUCUGGCUUCUGCGCUGAAGGUCCGGCUCGAGUGGGUCAAUGUUCUCAUCAGUGAUUGGAGGAAGCUGGCGCUUCAGCCGUAUCCAGUCGCAGCCAAGAACAGCAGACAGGUGGGGAGGGACGUGGCCGCGCUGCUCAAAUGGCUGGAGGAAGUGGCGCAGCUCUCCAUGGAUGACGUUCAUCUGAUCGGCUACAGUCUGGGAGCGCAUGUGGCCGGAUUCGCUGGAAGCCAUUUCAGAGGACUGAGGAAAGUUGGCCGCAUUACUGGUCUGGAUCCGGCCGGGCCAUACUUCGAGGGUCUGCCGGCGUUUGACAGACUGUCUCCGGACGACGCUCAGUUCGUGGAUGCUGUCCACACCUUCACCGGCUCCAGCAUCGUGCCGGGCAUGGGAAUAAAGCAGAGCGUCGCUCACGUCGACUUCUACCCCAACGGGGGCUCCUUUCAGCCCGGCUGCGAGAUGCUGGACAUUUACAGCAACGUCUUCCAGUACGGCCUGCAAGUACAAAUAUUUAAAGGUUCUUGA